AUGUCCGGUGACCAAGGCUUCCACGGAACGCUGAUACAUUCUCCGUCACCAGAAGCAAUCACAAUACUCGAGGACACCCUUAUCAUCGUCAGCGAUAGGGGUGUCAUUACCCGUUGCGACGCCAACAUCUCCCGCGACACCCUUGACCGGCACCUCGCCCAAUAUGCCCCUCAUAUCCAAUCAACGGCCGUCAAACGCCUCCCAACCUACUCUUUCCUCACUCCAGGCUUUGUAGAUACGCACAAUCACGCUCCUCAGUACCCACAGCGUGGUCUCGGUCAAGGCCUACACAUCCUCGAUUGGCUCUCUCAGCUUACCUUCCCGAACGAAGCCAAGUUCGCUUCACCAACCUAUGCACAUCGCAUGUACUCUCGCGCCAUUGACACUUUCUUGCAGCAAGGCACCACCACAGCUUCUUACUAUGGCAGCCUGCAUGGAGAAGCCACCAAGAUCCUCGCAACGCUGUGUCACGCCAAGGGCCAACGCGCACUGGUAGGCAAGUGCAACAUGAACCGGAACUCACCAGCAUAUUACAGUGAUGCUUCAGCCACGGAGUCUCUGACGGUAACGGAAGACUUCUUAUCACAUGUCCAUGCGCUCGAUCCUGGAGGUGAUCUCGUGCGGCCGAUACUCACGCCUCGCUUCGCUAUCUCCUGUACAGAUGACCUACUUACCGGCCUUGGCCAUCUUGCGGAAGCGAAUCCAGACUUGCCAAUCCAGACUCACUUCAACGAAGCUCAGCAAGAGAUUGAUGCAACUUUGUCGUUGUUUCCUGCUUCUAAUGAGGCAGAUCUGUACGAUCACUUCCGCCUGCUGACUCCGCGGACCAUCCUCGCGCACUGCACUAUUAUGGACACAGAACACGAGUAUGAUGUGCUCAAGGGCCGGGGAUGCGGUGUAGCGCACUGCCCUAUAGCGAAUACCACUAUCGGAGGCGGCUUUAUGGCUGCACCGAUCCGUCGCUUCCUUGAUCGAGGCAUCAAUGUCGGUCUUGGCACGGACUCGGGCGGUGGUUUUAGUAGCAGCAUCCUGGACGCGAUACGGCAGGCGAUCGUCGUGUCGAAUGCACGUGAAGCCCAAAGCGAUGGGAAUGAGAAAUCGCUGAGUCUGGAUGAAGUGUUCUAUCUGGCAACUCUAGGGGGCGCCAAGGUAUGUGGGCUAGGUGAGAAGAUCGGCAGCUUCGAAGUGGGGAAAGAGCUUGAUGCUAUGAUCGUGAGACCGAACUUAGUGCUCGGCGAGGACUCGGAAGGCAAAGAACAAGUGCUGAGAGACGAUGAUGGGGUCAUGACCCCGGUCGAGGUCGGAGAUGAUAUCAGAACGGUGUGGGAGAAAUGGUUAGUCAGUGGCAAUGACAAGAACAUUGCCGAGGUGUACGUGAAGGGUCGUCGGGUAAAAGGGUAG